CCGGAUCUAACAAAUCAUGGCGUCGAUCUUCAUCAUCUUCUUUCCUUCAUUGCUGCCGAACCCCUCUCAUGGCCAUCGGACCACUUGCAGGCCAGAUCUAACAAACCACCGCAGCCCUCUUUUUUUUUUUUCCCUUGAUCAUUGCUUUGCUAUUUUUCCCUUUUUCUGUUCUUUCUUUGUGUUGAUGGUGAUUUCUGGUUGCAGGCAUUGAUCGAAAAGACCAAUCUUAACCCAAGAAAGAUUUGGGUAUGCUCCAGCUACUCAACUUUGGAGCCAUGAGAUGGAGGUUGAAGUCCCUUUUCGUACACUUUUGAUUAUGCAAAGCUUAGAGUUUGUUUGAAAAUGAUGAACAGUUCAAAGCUGUUGAAUGACCCAGAGACCGAGAGGAUCUUUAUGGGAGCUACAUUGUGGAACUUGAGAGGAAGGAAAAGGAAAAGGCUGCUGAGGAGCGUAGGCAGUUUGUGGCAGAAUACAGGAAAUUUUUGGAAUCCUAUGAUUUUAUUAAGGUGAACAGCCAAUGGUGAAAGGUUCAAGAUCGAUUAGAGGAUGAUGAAAGAUGCUCACGUCUUGAAAAGAUUGAUCGCUUGCUUUUCUUCUAAGAUUACAUUGAUGACUUGGAGAAGGAAGAAGAGGAAAAGAAGAAGAUACAGAAGGAACAAUUGAGACAUGCUGAGCAUAAAAACCGUGAUGCAUUUUGCCAGCUAAUGGAAGAACAUGUUGCUGAUGGCACUCUAACUGCUAAAACUUAAUGGCUUGAUUAUUGUUUGAAGGUAUAUCCCCUAUUUAAUUUUCUUCCCUUAAAUAUUUGAAGGAGAGCGGUUGAGAUCCAGCAUUGCAAG